AUGGCUGACCACCAAGAUGCAGCCACUAUCUCCUCUUCGGGUACAGCUCCCGUAGUUUGGAGCAACAGUAUCGACAACAACGGUCAAAGUCCUCUCCGCGAACUAUCUCGGGGCCUCUACGCUCCUGCCCUCGAUGGCGGCGACCUGCCGGAUGACUCCUUGUCCGCGACCAUCCGUCGCUUGAUGUCCCCUCCCCAAGGUCUCUAUAGUGCCGACGGGCGAAGUGUUACGCUUUACAUCAACUGGGCAGUUGGAGUUGUCGGAGUUGAGCGCUUCGAGCCUACGCCGCUCGCCCGUCGUCUUUCCCUCCGACAAGAUGAUGCUCUUCGAGAGCGCGGAGUCAGUCUGGGACUUUCUAAGGAGAUCCUAGAAUGGCUUCGUCAGGGCGAGGAGAUGUUGACAUUGCCGGCGAGUCAUUUCACCUAG